AAAAAAAAAAAAAAGAAAAUUUUUUUGGACUUUAAAAAAAGCCCUUUCUUGUUCUAAAGAGACUAUCUUUUGUGAUCAAUUACCCUGUAGGUUAUUCAUUCCUCUUUACAUUUAUUUAAAAGGACAUACCGGAAAAGCGCUGUGUCCAAUUACUUGUUAAAAUGAUAAACGAACGUAAUCUUACUUUAGAUCACCCAUCUACUGAUAAAGCAUCAUCAAAUCAAGAAGCACUCUCUUAUGUGGGCAAUCAUAGCAGACAAAACUCUGAUGCAACAGAAGUUGAAGUAGAUGAAAAGGCUGUUGCUACCAAUGAAAAUUCUAUUCCCCAAAUCAUUGAUGAAGAAGAUCAACAUGAUGGUGGAUAUGGUUGGUUUGUUGUAUUGGGAGCAUUCUUUGUACAAGUAACAAGCUUUGGUACAAUCACUAGUGUUAUGCAAGAUUACUAUGAACAGCAUCUCUUUGGCAAAGAUUCAAAGACUACCCUAAACCUUAGUUUUGUUGGUACACUGGCACUAAUCUGUUUAAACGCAUUUGGACCUGUUGCUCAAAUUUUGGUAUCUGUAUUGAGUAUCCGUCCUGUGUUAAUUUUUGGCACUAUAUGCAUUGGUCUUGGCCUUGAAAUGGCUAGUCUUAGCUCACAAAUAUGGCACUUGUACCUAACUCAAGGUAUAUUAUUUGGUAUAGGCGCUUCUUGUAUUUACAUGGCUAUCAUGGGCGUGGCCCCUCAAUGGUUUAACAAGCGUAGAGGCCUUGCCCUUGGCCUUGUUGCUAGCGGAUCUGGCAUUGGUGGUUUAGUUAUUCCUCUCAUCAUGAAUGCAAUCAACAACUCAUUGGGCCCGGGAUGGACUUACCGUAUUCUAGGUUUUAUAUGUCUCUUUUGCGAUGGAAUGGCCUGUAUUCUCAUCAGAGAACGAAAUCCUCCUCCAAAGACUAGAAAGCAUUUUUCACAAAUUGUACAAUUCAGCGUUUUGAAGAACCCUGAUUAUGUCUUAUUUGCUAUCGGUUCCAACAUUGGUUUAUUUGGCUAUUUCAUCCCUUACUUCUUCCUGCCUUCCUACGCUACCCACGUUGGCCUUACAGACAUUCAAGGCUCUACACUCGUCACCGUCAGCGCGGCUGGUAACUUUGUGGGUCGUGUAGCUAUCGGUUUACUUGCAGACAGGAUUGGAAAAAUCAACUCUAACUUGAUCUUUGUGAUUAUCACAAGUCUUAGCUCAUUUCUUAUCUGGACAUUUGCCAACAGUUAUGGAAGUCUCAUGGCCUUUUCCGUCGUCUUUGGUCUCACCAGUGGUGCAUAUUUUGCUCAAAUAUCUCCCAUUACCGCGUCUAUUCUUGGUAUGAAGCAACUCUCAUCUGGCCUAUCCCUUUUGUUAUUGACAAACGUGAUCCCUGUAUUUGGCCCUAAUAUUGCUAGUGCUAUCGAAAGCGGUGUGAACUCGACGCCCUUCUUUAGUUACAAGAUGUUUACUGGUGUAGCAUAUCUUCUAAGCGCUGUAUUUAUUUUAACUCUUAGACUACGCUUAAUUUAGCGUGUCGCCAUUUCUUUCUCUAUUAUAGAAUUAUUUUUUUCAAGUAUUUAAUAAACGCUACAUUAUACAUUGUAAAACAGAAUGCCCUGCAAUUGAAAAUAAGUGCAGUCUUAACCUGUUUUGAGUGAAUCCAACUCUUUUUUUUUCUCUAAAAGCUGCGCGCACAUUUCACUGCUUUCCCUUACACUAAUGAGCUCUUCAUCUUGUUAUUAAAAGAGUCUACUCUAACACGGGUAUAAUAAGCAUUUAAAUAACCACUAGAUAUCAAAUUGCUAAAAUGCUUGACAGACAAAAACUACAAUAUAUACAUGGAAAACAAUUACGAUAGCACUUUCACCUUUGGAUUUUGUGCUAUUUGGCAAGUAUCUCUUAUGGCCGAAGCGAGACAGUCUUUUGUAUACUUUGGUUAUCAGGCAUGCGGAAACUGG